AUGGCCCCGAAAGACAAUAAGGAUAAGCGAGGACGUGGACAUGGUCAAGGCCAAAGUCGUGAUGUCCUAGUCUCCAAAGCAUUAAGCUUACUUCUGCGACAUGCUGCGGAGAAGGAAGGGCUGAAGAUGAACGCACAGGGCUAUGCGAGCGUGCCAGACGUGUUAAAUUGGAGGAAACUCAAAUCGCUCAAAGUCACCUUCCCCGAGAUUCUACACGCCGUCGACUCGUCCGAUAAAAAGCGCUUCGCCCUCCUUCACAUUCCAUCCGCGCAACCCACCAAAUCCACAACCCAAGCAACAACAAUACCAGUCACGUCCCCCGAUGCAGAGCAUGAUGCCAGCACCAUCGUGGGUGAAGACCAGCCCGCGACAUCGGUCCUGGAGUCCGCGCCUGCCACGAGCGAAGCCCAGCAAACAGCCACCGACCAAGCAUUAUCCGUGAAAGACACCGACCCGGCGAACUUUCUAAUUCGCGCGACUCAAGGUCACAGCAUCAAGACCGUCGAUGCUGCCUCCUUCCUCGAGCCGCUUUCUUUGUCCGAUGAAUCGAAACUACCCGAUACCGUCGUCCACGGCACGUUCCACGCGACCUGGCCUGCGAUUCUACAAUCCGGUGGAUUACGUUGUAUGGGACGGAACCACAUCCACUUCGCUACUGGCCCAUCAUUAGAAUCGGUGCUUGCUGUUCACACCGAUGAUGCCGCGCAGGGUAAAUCCAAGCCCGGCGACUCUGGCGUUAUCUCGGGCAUGCGGCGCGAUGCGCAGGUUCUGAUUUAUAUUGAUGUACGCAAAGCGCUGGCAGCAGGGGUACCGUUCUGGCGCAGUGAGAACGGGGUCAUUCUUAGUGAGGGUAUACCUGUUGCGAAGAGUGGGCAGGGUGAGAAGGAGGAGCAGAAGUUCGUCUCGCUGGAGUUUUUCGAUGUUGUAGUCGAACGCAAGGCCGGGCUGGGUAAGCUCUGGGAGAAGGGGGAGGUCCUGCAGGAACUUCCGGAGAAUCUCACGAAGAAAGGGAAUCCUAAGGCCCGGCGAUGA